CAAAUUUUCUUGCGAGUCAUUUUAGUUACACUUGAGACUUAGAAUUGCCGUCGACGCGUGUGGUUAGAAGACGGUCAUACCAAAACCCAGACAAAACGCAAAAACAACACAACAUACGAAGUCUUAACGCAUAGGAAAGUUUUAUAGAAAGUCUUCUGCGCUUUUUGUCCUCUUACUUACUGUGCUUACUUUCUCUAAUUCGAUUGUAAUUAAUUACGAAGACGAUGUCACUCGCACCUGCUGGUGCUGCCGCUGCCGCCGCUGCCAACGGCGCUAAUAAAGAUGAAGAAAUCAGUGUGCCGAAAUCUGACAGUUUCUUCGAAACGAAAACCUUCCGACUAAUCUCCUUGUUUAUAUACAUGGCGGGCAUAAGUGGCUUGGGCAUGACAUUAGCCAUGUACUAUUUGUUUAUUUGGGAUUCGCGUAUGCCACCGCUGCCGGAGUACAAACAUGCGCAUCAUGUGGGCUAAGAAGUGCUCGUAGGUGUGUGGGGAGUGUAUGAUUGAUACGAAUUACGAAUGGAGAGUUUCUAAUAUUUUAAGUGUCAUAUCCCAGUAGACGACCUUGACAAAAUUGUGAUACCAGAGAAAAUCGCCAUACGCCUACUCAAUUCAUCGGAAGUCACCGCCGAACAAUUCUACAAACACAUACUCGAACAAUAUCGCAUACUCAAUCAGUUGCAACAGCAGCGACAACAAUUUCUACAA